GCCCUCGUUCUCCUCCUAAGCUCCUUUAGAUCCGCUUGCUCUCAAGCAAAUUCUCGGAGUGGUUAAGAAGGAACCACAGGAUUUCGGUCUCUCGAAAUCGAUUUCAAUCUUACAGAUCUCUGGUUGGAUUGAAGUAGCCUGGACAAAAUAAGAUGGGAGGAGGAUUUAGAGUACUCCAUUUGGUCAGACCAUUCCUUUCGUUUCUGCCUGAAGUUCAGAGCGCUGAUAGAAAAGUUCCAUUCAGGGAGAAGGUCAUCUAUACUGUGAUCUCUCUUUUCAUUUUCUUGGUUUGCAGUCAGCUCCCUCUGUAUGGAAUACACUCCACAACAGGUGCAGAUCCAUUCUAUUGGAUGCGAGUGAUCCUUGCUUCGAACCGUGGGACUGUUAUGGAACUUGGAAUUACCCCAAUUGUUACUUCUGGGCUGGUGAUGCAACUCCUUGCUGGGUCAAAGAUCAUAGAAGUUGACAACAAUGUACGUGAGGAUCGUGCCCUCUUAAAUGGUGCUCAGAAGUUACUUGGCAUCCUGAUAGCUGUGGGUGAGGCGGUUGCAUAUGUUCUCUCGGGGAUGUAUGGUAGUGUUGGCCAACUUGGAGUAGGAAAUGCUAUUCUUAUUAUCAUUCAGCUCUGCUUUGCUGGUAUCAUUGUGAUAUGUUUAGAUGAACUUCUUCAGAAAGGAUAUGGUCUAGGCUCUGGAAUUUCACUUUUCAUAGCUACCAAUAUCUGUGAGAACAUUAUCUGGAAAGCAUUUAGUCCCACCACUAUUAACAGUGGACGAGGAGCUGAAUUUGAGGGUGCUGUUAUUGCUCUAUUUCAUCUACUGAUAACUCGUUCGGACAAGGUCCGUGCUCUCCGUGAGGCUUUUUACCGGCAAAAUCUUCCGAACGUGACAAACCUGCUUGCUACUGUCUUGGUCUUCCUAAUUGUAAUCUACUUCCAAGGUUUCCGUGUGGUUUUGCCUGUGAGGUCAAAGAAUGCCCGAGGACAGCAGGGUUCAUAUCCAAUCAAGCUGUUCUAUACCUCUAACAUGCCCAUCAUUCUACACUCUGCACUCGUUUCCAACCUUUACUUCAUCUCCCAGCUGCUUUACAGAAAGUACAGUGGAAAUUUUCUGGUGAACCUUUUGGGUAAAUGGAAGGAAUCUGAAUAUUCAAGUGGUCAAUCUAUCCCUGUUGGUGGUCUUGCAUAUUAUAUCACUGCACCGUCAAGCUUAGCUGAUAUGGCAGCCAAUCCAUUCCAUGCACUGUUCUACCUAGUCUUUAUGUUGUCGGCUUGUGCAUUAUUCUCAAAAACUUGGAUUGAAGUUUCUGGAUCGUCUGCUAGAGAUGUUGCCAAGCAGCUCAAGGAACAACAAAUGGUGAUGCCCGGGCAUCGUGAGUCAAACCUGCAGAAGGAGCUGAACCGCUACAUACCCACUGCCGCUGCGUUUGGAGGCAUGUGCAUUGGCGCAUUGACAGUGUUGGCAGAUUUCAUGGGGGCGAUUGGUUCGGGAACCGGGAUUCUGCUUGCCGUAACAAUCAUUUAUCAGUACUUCGAAACAUUUGAGAAGGAAAGAGCCAGUGAGCUUGGCUUCUUUGGUUUCUAGGCUUUAUUUAUAUCUUGUUUCAGAGCUGUGGUUGGUGCCUUGGUGGUGCUAAUAGGCUCCCCAGCAGUUUUGGUGCGUGGAGAGAUGUAAGUAGGUUCUUUUAACACCAAAUAUUUCAGUUGAAGAUGAAGAUGUUAGGGGUAGUUUGUUGGUACAGAAAACGCAUCACCUUGAACCUUAUAUUCGUUGUUUUUUGUUUUUUCCUCUUUCGACGUGUACCCCACUCCCCCACAUUAAUUUCUCAUGUAUCAUUGGAUCUAUACGAGAUCUUAUGGAUAACUGCUUUAAGGCUUCGUGCAACAUUUUUUUGCGCUUCUGCACUGGAGCAGCGUCUCCUUUGUUGGACUAUAUUUUUAACCUAAGAGCGACACAGAUAAGGUCAGGGGUUUACUAUUGCAAAUCGUAAUGUAUUUGUAUUUGAAUUA